AUGGCGCUGAGGGACGACGAGGCGGCGCUGCUGCUGGACAAAGCCCAUUUCCGACACGCCCCGCGCUGGCUGCUGCCCGUGCCCCCGCGCCUGUGCCUGGCCUGCGUGCUGGAGCUGCUGCCCGAGGAGGCUGGGGUGUCGGUGGUGCGCAAGAAGCAUGUGUUGUCCUGCUUUCGGGACGCCCUCGUGCGACACACGGCCCUUGUUGUGCAGCUGGUGGCACAGGAACAGAGAAUUUGUGUGCACCUCAUCAGGAUGCUUUUCGGACUGUUAUGCAAGACGGAAGACGGAAAUCUCACCAACCUCUGUAUCGAGGUCCUUAUCCAGCUUACAACUCAGCUGAAACUCGAGCAGACCGUCCAUUGCCUGCUGGAUGAGUGCCACAGAGAGAUGUGUGACGUACCCUCCACACACGGCAGCCUGGCUCUGCUUACCCUUCUUGGCAAGUUGGUAGAUGCCAUCCCUGCCGUGGCGGACACGCUUGUGACAGAGCACAGUAAUCUGAUGGAGCAUCUGUUACGAGGUUUAGUCUACCCCAGUGAGGGGGUGCAAGCUUCCGUCUGUUACCUCUACGGGAAACUCUACUCCUCACCAGGGGCAGCUGAGAUGCUUUCUGGCCAUUUUCGGGAGAAGUUAUGUCCCCUCUUCCUUUCUACCCUGGAUAGUGCCCAGACAAAGGAGCUCCAGAUCAACUGCUUGGGUCUGCUGAGGCAGCUGCUGAAGUACGACCUGUUCGUGUCUGUGAUCAUGAGCAAGUCUGCGCUGGUGGGAAGCGCGGGUGUCGCGGGCCCGCCAGGAGCCAGCUCACUGCCCUUGGUCCUGAAAAAGCUCCUCCUCUCGAGAGACGAGACGCUGCAGGUGGCCAGCACGCACUGCAUCGCCGCGGUGCUCGUCCACUCUCCUGCACAGCACGCCCCGGCCUUCCUCCACGCUGACAUCCCGGAGUUCCUCUUUGAGCAUCUGUCCUCUCCCAGCGACGUGCUUGUCUGGUUCAGCUACAGCUGCUUGAUCCUUCUGGCGGAAGAGCCGCUCUUCUUCUCCAAGUGCCACACGGUGUACGGGAUUGAGUCUGUGGUGCAAAGCCUACAGAGAAGCCUGAGGAGCAACAACCCAGAGCUGCACAAGCAGGGUCUGCUGCUGUUGGCUGAGAUCCUGACUCGGCAGCCCGAGGAGAUCAGGCUGUUCGGCAGCGCCGCCCUGUGUGGUGACACCAGCCGAGCCCUCCAGGAGGCAGUGAGCAGCCCAGUGCUGGAGGUGGCGGCCGAGGCCGUGAAGGCCGCGUCAGCCUUUCUGAGGAAGGACCAUCAGGGUACUCCACCCGUGCAGUACCGGGAGCUGCAGGCCUUGCUGGAGGCCAUGCUGAGCCGGUGUGCAGAGUUUUCCCAGACCCUGCUGAACAGGAAGCCUCUGAACCGUGCCUCCAGCAGAGAUUCUGAGAAGGCCCUGCUCCGAAGGGGAGAGUUCCUGCUGAGCACUCUGGAGGGAUUCAGAAAUGCCUGCAGGUUGGCUGUGGAGUUCCAGAGCGAACCUUCUGCCCAGGAGAAUCCAUUCACUGCACCCAGUGCCGAGAAGGAAGACACCCUAGACGCCUUCUCCGAGUUUCUUCUGAGUGCCUGUGACUCCCUGUGUAUCCCCAUGGUGUUGAGAUACUCGGAGAAGAUGACCCACCCAGGCGUGAUGGAAGUUUUCCUGUCGGUUCUACACAGCCUCUUUAUCAUCGUUCCUCACAUGAAGGAGAAGUUCUCCAAAAAGCUCGCCGCCUCGUCCUUCAUCCGACUGACCCUGGAGCUGAAGGCCAGGUUCUGCAGUGACCAGAGUCACUCAGCCCUCAGCCAGGCGUGUUGCAAGUUCCUGUACUGCAUGUGCCUCAACCUGCUGUCGGCCCCCGAGCAGACUGGGCCUUCUUCCCCAGAAGAACUCUCUGCGGUUGCGGAGCUCCUGCAGCACGGGCUGCCACAGCUGAGAAGCAGGGCUCCCGAGAUCCUGGCCCACCUGCCAGACGACCGCCACCACAGCCAGUACUGCCUCCUGCUGCUCUUCUACCUGGCCUUCCUCCACAAGGACAGGUUUGUUUCGGAAGCAGAGCUGUUUGUGGCCGUGCAAAGCUUCCUCCUGUCUCUGCAGGACCAGGGUGAGCACCCUCCGCCCAUGGUCUUAAGGGCCUCCAUCUAUCUGCUUGCAGUCUGCCAGGACAAAGAUGAUUCUCUGGAUGAGGCCGUGGUCAGUGCCAUCAGAAAAUUCCUAGAGGCCAUCCCAGACCUGCACCUGGUCUAUACGCAUGACCCAUUCGUACUCAGGUUCUUUCUGCUGUACCCACCGCUGAUGAGUAGGUUCGGACACCGUAUCCUGGAACUGUGGUUCUCCUGGGAAAAGUAUGACUCUGAGGAACCGGAUGAGACCGUGUCUCCUGGGAAGCCCGCCCUUCCUGGCAGCCUCAGCACCCUCUUCUGCCUGCUCAGGAGCAGCCCCAGCGUCCUGCUCAUUUUGAUAGACCUCAUCUAUGCCAGCCCUGUGGAAACAGCCCGCACAGUGCUCAUCGCCCUGAGGAGCUUUCUGCGGAGGAAUGAGGAUAUCCAAGUGGGGGGACUCAUCCGAGGCCACUUCCUGCUGAUCCUGCAGCGGAUGCUGGUGGAGCACGGGGUCUCCCCCGCCGGAGGCCCCGGGAACCUGCCGCUGCUGCUGAAGCUCCUCUCCCUGGUGCAGCUACGGAACGAGCCGGGGCAGGACUUGGACAGCUUGGCCAUGAAACUCCUCCACCAAGUGAGCACGCUGUGUGGGCGGUGCAGCCCCUCCGAUGCGGACGUCCUGCAGCCCUCCUUCAACUUCCUGUACUGCAGCCUCCAGCACACCACGCCGGGCAGCCAGCGGAGAGCUGCUGCAGUGCUCCUGAGCAGCUCAGCCCUGCUGGCGCUCCUGGAGAGGAUCCUGGCCCUCACGGGGGCGGCCACCAGCCCGGCCCACUCAGCGCUACUCUGCUCCGCCUGGUUGCUCACCGCCUCCUGCUCUGCACAGCAGCACCGCGCCAGCCUGCCGGUUCACCGGAACGUGUCCGUGGAACUCGCCCACGUAUUGAAGGCCCUCAGCUUGCCCAAGAAGCAGCCGGCUUUGCUCUCAGCCGCCAUCCUGUGCUUCCUGCGCACGGCUCUCCGCCAGAGCUUCUCCUCGGGCCUGGUGCUGCUGCUGCCCUUGGGGGUCCAGCCUCCGCCGGCCCCCGAGGACGCUGUCCUCGCUCCCCUGGGGACAUCGCAAGUGCUCACCCUGGUCAUCGGACUGCAGAACCUCCUGGUGCAGAAGGACCCUCUGUUCCAGGCCUGUGUCAGCUGCCUGGAGGCCUUGCUUGACUAUCUGCAUGCCAGGAACCCAGAGCUGGCACUCCACGUGGCCUCCCAGCCCUGGAAUCGAUUUCUGCUGUUCACCCUCCUGGAUGCCGGAGAGAAUUCCUUCCUCAGACCUGAGAUCUUGAGGCUCAUGACUCUGUUUGUGCGAUUCCGAAGCAGCAGCGUCCUCUCCCCAGAGGAAGUGGGGCACGUCCUGCACGGAGCAGCCACAGCGGGGCCCUCCGCCCUCUCGGACACCGCAGUCCGAGCUCUGCGUGACUUCAUCCUGCAGGUCCAGAGCCGCGGCCUCCUGACUGACCCGAGCCCGGUGCAGGACUUGCAGGCUUCCUUGGAGGGCCUCUCCCCCGGAGCCGCCUCUGCCCAGCCACCCCUGCAGGACAUGCUCUGCCUGGGAGGGGUGGCUGUGUCGCUGUCCCACAUCAGAGACUGA